AUGGAUUGUGAUACAUAUUGCAAUAAAACUCAGCAAAUAUCUGAUGAUAAAGAACCCUGGAGUGAAUAUGAGGUAGAAAUACCUGGUGGAGUCACUGACACUAUGUUAACAGCUCCAGAUUUUGUGUCUGACAAUGAACGUCACUACGUCAGUAUAUUUUAACUGUUGCACCUGGUGAGGGCAAUACACAUAUAAGUACUGUAUAUUUAUUUAUUUAUUUAAACAUAUUUUUGGAAAAUUGAGUUUGAAUUUAGAGACAAAUAUUCAGAAGAAUUAGCAUAUCCCGGGGUGUUUCUUGGUCAGAACCGACCUGACAACACGAAUAGACUAACUGAUGUUCAUUAUAGUGAAAUUUGCAAAUCCUAAUUAAGGUGGUCUAACCAAAGGGCCGCAAUGUGUGUAGAAAAUAUUUUCUUUGAAACUAAGAAAUUGCAAAUGAAAAUAUUACUUGGGCAAUCUCAAGUUGCAUUAAGAAAAUGUCGAGGAAAUGGUAGUACAAUUACUGCUGGUCAACUAAAUCAACCAGGAGCAAUCAAUAACAUAAUUCACCAUGAUCAAGGAUUUAAAUUUCUUAGAGCUGUGAGGAAGUCACCUCCAUAUUUUGAAAAAGCAAAAAACCCAUAUUUUUGCAAUUAUAAGGUUCUUAGGACCGGCUUCAUUAUUCUAUAGUUUCUCUUCUGCUGAAACACAAUGGAUUCAUCUGCUCAAAAUUCUUGGUAAGCUUGUAGAUAAUAAAGAAUAUACUGCUAAUGAACUUGAAAACCUCAAUUGGGGAAAUAAAACCUGGCUACUUCAGAGUGAUCCAAUGACUUAUGCUAGACACUUUGAUUAUCAAAUAAGCCAGCUUAUAAAAAGCAUUCUUUUAAGUAAAACAGUACCUCUGGGGAAAGUUGCAGACUGGUUCUACAGGGUUGAAUAUCAGCAAAGAGGUUCACCUUACAUUCAUAUGUUGAUAUGGCUAGAAAAUUAUCUUACUUUCGGUGAAGAUUUUGAUUGUGAUCUUGUUUCAUUCAUCGAUAAGAUAAUCACAUGUGAAAAGCCAACUGACAAUCCUGAUUUGCUUGCACUUGUAAACAGGCAAAUUCAUCGUCAUUCUCACACAUGUCGAAAGAAAUCGAAAAGUGAAUGUCGAUCGUUUCAAUUACCCGAAACCACCUAUGAGCUCGACAAAAAUUCUGUAUCCAUUGGAUAA